AACUCGAGACCGACGACUUUCAAAAGAUCUUCACCUUUAUGCCGGCUCUAACGCACGUCAAUCUUCGGUUCGCCGGACAGUUGAAAGAUCGGGUCAUAGACUACGUGCUCGACCGGGACCUCAAGAUCAAGCACUUGCAGCUAGAUGCCGCGAACCUCGUGUCAGAUCAGCGUUGGCAGCAAGUGUUUCAAAAGCUGGGCAGCCAACUCGAGACUUUGCGGCUCUCGAAUAUGGAUUUUUCCUUGGACGACGAGACUAUUGAAGUCAUGUCCAAGUCCUGCACAGGUCUUCGGCGGUUGAAAUUAGAAGACUGCUGGAAGAUGUCUGAUCGUUCUCUUCAGGCGAUCGCAAACCUUCAGUCACUCGAAUAUCUAUCACUGAACCUCAUAUCGGAGACCCAAACGGAGAAUCUCCUCGAACUCGUGUCCAAGAUAGGUUCAAACUUGCGGACACUAUCUCUGCGAGGAUUUUCACUGGCUGAUGACACAGUCCUUGAAAUGAUUCACGACAAAUGCAAGGUCUUGACGAAGCUGAGAUUCACCGACAAUUCCAUUUGCACCGACAAAGGGUUCGUCAAGCUCUUUGACAACUGGUCAAACCCUCCAUUGGAGUUUGCCGACUUUUCCUCAACGCGAGACGUGGAUAACUCGAAUCCUGAUGGCCCUACGGAUGCAACUGGACUCGCGUCAAAUGGCUUCGCUGCCCUUAUGCGUCACUCUGGCUCCAUGCUACGAAAGCUCAAUAUCUCUUCGUGUCGCCACAUCUCUUAUGCCGCUUUCGACGACGUGUUUGCGGAUGGUAAAAGUUACCCUCAUCUGAAGGAGCUGGACGUUUCGUUCCAGACUGUCAUGGACGACUACCUUGUGGCCCGUAUUUUCCGGUGCUGUCCUGCCAUUCAAAAGAUUGCUGCAUUUGCCUGCUUCAAUGUGCGAGACGCUCGAGUUCCCAGGGGAGUAGCGCUGAUUGGGGGUUUGCGCGCCCAAGAUCCUCUCGCGUAGUGUUAAUCAACAUCUGCCGCGAGGAGGUCUGGUCUUUAGGCUUAGCCUUGUAGCGGCGGGCUUUUACGAUUGACUAUGGUUUGCUUGGUUCAUUCUGGCGUCACCGGGGCCGGGGUGGUAUUUGAAUUCAUAUGGGUAGCGUUCAUAAGGUAAAUUCGCUAGCGUCACAGAGCAAUAGCAGUUUACAAGCCAGUUUCAAUCCCUGCUUCUGGAAUAUGCCUAUGUAGUUUUAUGCGGUCAGGCAUGUGGUUUAUGCAGUAUCGCUUCUAGUAGCGCACAUAGUUCCCUGAAAACCUAGCGCAAACGCCAGCGGCAUCUUAGCUGCAUCUCGGGCAAUCUGUAGUUGUAUGUACUCCGUAGAGGAGAGCACUCCCAGCGACUGGGUCGCACUUCAGGACCAAGGCCGCAGCUUGGAUAUCCCAGCUUUUCAUAAAUCCCAAAUCUCGAAAGAUAAACCGUCCGGACAGCCAUUUAACCUUCGGAAUAGGCUCACCAUCAGCAGGUUAAUGCAUCCAGCAUCCCUCCUUGUCAGCGAGUCAAGAAAGCAGGGCGACGAUAAGAAGAUCUACAAACCAGGUUGGCGUUGGAUUCUGGGGAGAAUGGACGGAGUGGACCAAUGGAAAAUCGCGACUCUCACAUGAGCACCGAGGCAAGGUCCAACUUGGAGCGCUCCGCUGAUUGAGAAUUAUUUAAAUGGAAUGAUCAGAGUGACAGAGAGAUAACUUGAAAUUUCAAAAAAAGUUUUCUUUACACUUUUCAUGAAAUUUCCAUGAUAUUUUCUUUUCAAGUGAAAUUUCAUGCCAAGAACUAUACGGCUUAGUAAACAAACUACCCGGCAGGAUCAACCAAUUAGAAUAGCUUAUCUUACUACCGCCUAGUAAUUAGCUAAUCAGACCUCCAC